UUCCUCAACACCCAGGAGCACUACUGCACCAGCCACUUGCACGACUCGGCCGCCGUGGGCCUGCUGGUGGUGGGCUUCACCCUGCUGGUGCCCCUCCUGGUCCUGGCCCUGGCUGCCUACUGCCGCCUGGCCCGCCGCCUGCAGCUCGGCUACUGCCUGGUGCCCUACAGCAAGGCCAUCUACAAGAACCUGCCCGCCAGCCGCUACCACAGCGUGGGCUGCUGCGGCUGCUGCUCGCAGGACCUGGAUGCCGCUGGGGAGAAGGUCUGGGUGUGA